AUGGCGGGCACCAAAGGCGAGAGCUUCCCGAUCCUCUCAUACCAGCCUCUGCGGCUCUUCUAUCAGUUCUUUGGCGGUCUUUUCAUCCUUUUCUUCCGGCUCCCCGUCUGGUGUGUGCAGGCUCUGAUCCCGGCAUGCCGCCCUCACCCGAAAUGGGGCUUCAAGCAGGCGCUCAUGGCGCGCCUGACACAGGGCAUCGUGGUCCUGCCCAUCCACGGCGGCGCCUUCGUUCUAGGCGACGGCCGCACGGGCUACAGCGGCUUCUUGGCUAAGACACUGAUCGAAAAUGCCGGCGUCAGCGCCGUCUUCGCGCCGCAAUACCGCCUGUCUGGCUACGGCGGCGCCAGUGUUGCCGCCGCCAACCCGUUUCCCGCCGCGCUGCAAGACGUCGUCACCAGCUAUCUGUACCUGGCCCAGACCCUCGGCAUCCCGCCCCGGCGUAUCGUGCUCUGCGGCGAUAGCGCUGGUGGCAACUUGGUGAUUGCCCUGCUGCGCUACCUCGACACCUCCGGAGAGGACCUCGGUAUCGCCGCCCCGAGUAGCGCCGUGCUGAUCGCCCCGUGGGUCGACCCGCUCGCCAGCUUGGGGCCGGACUCGGUGUACAAGCAGCACGAGCACUGGGGCACCGACUACCUGCCCGUGUCGUUCCUCCGUUGGGGUGCCAAGGUGUACUCGUCCGGUGUGACUGGCGAGAAUCUGUUAUAUGUGACGCCUCUUGGCAACCCUUGGAAGACCCAGGUUCCUGUUUUCGUGAGCAUGGGUGAGGCGGAGAUCCUGGAGACCGACGGCACUGCGUGGUGCCGCCAGAUGCAGAAGGCGGGUGGCAACAUCGAAGUGUAUUACGAGGAACAUGCCGUCCACGAUACUUUGUUGAUGGGCGCCAUCAUUGGCUGGGAGGAGAGUGCGCAGGUCGUGGCGUCGAGGAUCGGGGAGUUUGUGGCUAAGGUGCAGAAGGAGACGGAUUCAUAG